UGGCCCCGAAUUUUGAUCUCUUUGGUGAUCAUCUCUGCGUUCUCUAAAGCCAAAGACCAUCGCCUCUUAUUUUCAUUUUCUUAGUUGUUUACAUAUCCCCUGUUUCCGUUCCCGUUUUUAAUAAGCAAUAGUAAUUCAUAAUGGCCGAUACUGCACCCGCGACUGAACCCACCGAGGUCGUCAACGAGAAGCCUACGCUCGAGACCCCGGUUGACGAGGUCAAGCCUGUGGCGGCGGAUGAGGCCGCGGCAGAGACUGCUGAGACGGCGGAGGAGGAGAAGGAAGAGGUUGACGAGAACAGGAUCGCGACAGUGUUUGAUGAUGCUGCUCAUUUCACCGUCAAGCACCCCCUACGACACAAGUGGACUCUCUGGUACACCAAGCCCUCGCAAGGAGGAAAGACUGACUGGGGUGAUUUGCUGAAAGAAGUCGUGACCUUUGAUUCCGUCGAAGAGUUCUGGGGAGUCUACAACAAUAUCCCCAAGGCCUCGGAGUUGCCUCUCAAGUCCGACUACCAUCUCUUCAAAUCCGGAGUCCGACCCGAGUGGGAAGAUCCCCAGAACUCAAAGGGCGGAAAGUGGGCGUACCAGUACAGAGACAAGAAGAACGUCAAUAUUGAUGACCUGUGGCUCAACAGCUUGCUGGGAGCUAUCGGAGAGACUCUCGAGGAGGACGGAGACGAUGAGGUUAUGGGCUGCGUCGCCACAAUCAGAAAAGCGCAUUACAGAAUUUCCGUCUGGACCAGAUCGGCCGACAACCAGAAGGUGCUCGUUGGCAUUGGUCGCCGAUUCAAGGAGAUCUUGAAGCUUCCCCACUCUGAGCAAGUCGAAUUUGCCAGCCACGCCGACGCCGCUUCUAACGGUAGUUCCCGCGUCAAGAGCCGUUACACUGCCUAAGCGGUGCGGUAGACAGACAAGGGUAGCGCUGUUGAAGGAGACGGGAAUGGGAAAGGGAGGGCAGAUUUGGGUGUCAAAGUGUCUUAAAUAUGAAAUACGUCGGGUUUGAAUACUUCUACAUUUCUCUCUUUAUUUUUCUAUCCGAUUGAGAUUUAUACAUUGCUCUUUCUCUGUUCUCAGACCCUUGGUUUAGCUUGAAAUCUGUGGCUCGUGGAUGUGGUCAAACAGGUUAUUACGUGCGGUAUUGAAUAUUGCGAAAAUGCCACUCUUGUAUUAUAGUUAAUACGUGUUUCAAUGUGAUUUGCUUUCUUUUCCUUAUCCGUAUUCUUCUUUUAUAACUGUCUGGGUGUCUGGAAUGGCAUCUGGUUUGCUCGAAAUGUAUUCAAUAAAAUAUAUAUACA